AUGCCACACGCCCCGAUACCCUCUACAAGCAAACUUACAAGACCGACACCUAAAGUAAUAGAUGCGAGAGAUGCAGAGGAGUCGGAGUCGGAGUCGGACGCAUCAGGCAGCGAAGACAAUGAUCAGGGCGACAAGGGUAGAGUAAAGAGAGUAAAGAGAUCUAACAAGCAUGCGCCAAUGGAGGUUACAUCCAAAAAGCCCGUCACUCGUCGACGGACAGUCGUUGAAACGAAGACCUUCCAAGCUCGGGAUCCUAGGUUCAUGCCUCUUGCAGGCGAAUUCUCUCAGGACAAGUUCCGAGAGCAGUAUAGUUUCCUGGCCGAAAACCAUGUGUCUGAGAUGCGGACGCUACGCGAUAAUCUGAAGAGGGCACGGAAGCGUUUGUCUUCGGCACCCCGCGAUCUCCGUGAAGAGUACGAGGCAGAGGUUGGCAGGUUGGAACUCGCACUUAAGAGGGCAGAGAGUUCUGUCAACAGGGACAAGCGAGAAAAGGCAGAGCAUGGUGCGCUAGCCAAGGUCAGCGAGGAAGAACGGGAGAAGCGGAAACAAGGAAAGGGAGGAUGGUGGAUGAAAGAAUCCGCCAAGAAGGAGCUCGUUGUACGUGCUCGGUAUGAAGCACUGGCUGCCGAGGGUGGCAAGCGUGCCGUGAAAAAGGCAAUCGAGAAAAAGCAACGUAAAAUCGGGCAGAAAGAGAAAAAGUCGCGGCCGUACGCUGCUGAGGAUGGCCGGCCCAGAAAAAGGCAAAAGAUGCAGUAA